CGGGCUGUCGCGAAGGCCCCGCUCCCUUGCGGAGAGCGGGAUCUCUGGGGCUGGCGAUGCUGGUGAUACGUGCAUGUGUCUAUAUGUGCUAUGUGAAACGUGUUGUAGAGGAACAGGCAGAAGCAGUUGUGGGUGCCCCAUCCUUGGAGACGUCCAAGGCCAGGCCCUGGGCAGUCUGAUCCUCUGGGUGGGCCUUAAGGUCCCCUCCAACCCGAGCCAAUCUGUGGCUCUCUGAGUUCAGCUCAAGACAGAAACACGGGGACACCAACACGCCCAAGGCACCCGCAGCAGCCAGCCUCAGCAGUGUAAUUACCACCCUCGUUACGCUACCACCAUUAAACAUCAUUAAGUUUAGCUCAUUUCCCUGGGAGUUUCUGAUUAAUUGGAUUACCCAAUUAAGCAGGCCACAAUGAAAGAGAAAGCAUUGCCAUAAAAGCUUUAACUGCCCAACUUUUUGCCUGCUGAGCAGCUCCAAAGGUUCAACACGCCAUUAAGGAUCUGACGAUGCAGCGCCACCAGCAUUUCUUUUUCUGAAGCAUCCUUGUCCAUUGGCUGUGAGCUGUGGCUCAGCCAGUGCCAGCACGGGCACAGCAAAGUCACCUGGCAGAGCCCUGAGCGGCUGUGGGUGGUGGUUGGCAGAUGGAGGUAUCUGCAGCAGAUGAUGGACAAGGAAGGAAACCAAGAGCCCUGCACAACGCUUCGGUGCUGCAUGAAGGGUUUUAAAGAAAAGCCAAAUUCUGCUCGUAUCCGCACACGUUGCUCUCACCGCAUUGGCAGUGCCAAGCUGUGCUUUGAGGCAUGUUUGUCUGCGGGUUGCUGCUGACAGCUCGCUUCCCCCUCUCUGUGCAGAGUUUAAAAGCAAAGGUCCUCUGCUUUUGUACUUCACUGAAGUUAACAGGUCCUGGUCUCAGGGAAUGUGGCCAUGGGAGGAGGAAAAGGUCUUCCUCUGAUGAAGCUCUAAGAGUCAUAGAAUCAUAGAAUCCUUAGAGUUGGAAGGAACCUUUAAAGGCCAUCUACUCGAACUCCCCUGCAAUGAACGGGGACACCACAGGUAGGUCAGGGUGCCCAGGGCCUUAUCCAGCCUCACCCUAAAAGUCUUCAGGGACAGAGCAUCAACAACAUCACUAGGUGACCCAUUCCAGUGCACCACCCUCUCUGUAAAAGACUUUUUCCUUAUAUCUAACCUAGAUCUCCCCUCUUUGAGCUUGACGCCAUGGAACACGAACCAAGAUCAUGUCUCUCUAUCUUUGAGCAGUCCCUCCGGAUAAACAAGAAGUAAAAACAGUGGCUUUUAGUUAGAUGUGAAAUGAGGCUUUCUCACACUCAGGUUGACAUUCCUUCUUGGGGUAACGGAUCCCCGUAGCCCCUGGCAAUAACAAAAUGCAAAAAUGCAAAAAAUCAGAUAAAAUGUUUGUGAGGGGCAGUGGGCACAGCACUGAGCACCUGGCACGUCCUCCUCACAGCAGGUGAACGGCCUGCCACAGCCUUAGCGGGCAGCUUCAAAGACCUGAAUGCCCUCAGUUCUGACUAACAGGCCAGGUACAAGGGCAGGCUGACCUCAGCUUGACGUGUCCCUUUGUUUUCUGGUGGGAACCCUCCUCAGCCUGUGCACUGGGAAGCACGUGCCCCUAACAACCCCCCAUCUCUUCUGGGCCGUGACCACUUCCAACUUCUGCGUGGCCUUCCAGCAGCUCUCCCUGAUGCUAGAAGGCUUCUCGGACCUUGUUCCCAGUCCAUUAAAGCUCACUCUGGUUCCUCUUCGAAGCACAGGCUCACAGAGGUGGCAGGUGAUGAGCUUUACACACAAAUGCCACCUUUGUCCUUUACUCACUGAGCUAUAGUGGAUAACCUGCACGUGCCAUUGGCAUUGGCCACCCCCUCCUCUCCCAGGGUACACACAUGGAACCUUGAGACAGGAACCCACAUGCAGGCCUGUGUAUUGUCCCUCACAGUCUACCACAUUAAAAUUUAGGCUGCUAACCUCUCUGUGCAGGCUGUAAUGCUUUCCAUCCUAACACACGUCUAAAUGCAAGAAGAUAAAUUGAGACCUAAAAAAGAGGAAGCACCGGACCCAUCCGUGGCAGAUCCGGCAUUUAUGUAAGCAAAGCCCACAGAGGCUCCAUCUCUGGUGGGAUUAACAUAAAGCAGCCUGGCUGUCAGCAAACAUCACCUCCUUGCAAAGCUGAAGGAGAGAAGAGUGUGCAGAAGCAAAGGGAUGACUCAGAGCAGAGUUGGCUGCAGGCACAGCAUUCAGGUCCAUAGCAAAACCCCAGCCAGCAGCACAGGCAGCCCUGCACAGGUGCUGCUGAGUUCCAGCUGCUUCCCAUUAGUGAUGGUCCUGAGGUGUGGGGUGGUUAUAAAUGUGCUGGGGUGGGAGAGGGGCCAUUUGUAGGGUGGCUGGUGGCUUCUUGGGGAUCCCUCUGCUUUUACAGCUGUAUGUAAAGGGAGUAGUGUUUUGUGGUUGAGAAGUUUAGAAGUGAGAAAGGUGAAGGGAGGGCUGUAGUGCCUUGUUCUGGGGGGUCUGGUGAUUUGGUCUUUGUGAUGGAGUGGUGGGUGAAGUUCUCCUUGAGGCUCACUGGGAAAGGCAGUGACUUCUGACUGUAUCUGACUUGUAGCAACAAAGUGAAAGCCCUAUCUGUUACAGUUAUGUGAGAAGUAGCUGGAUAGGGUUAUAUGUGGGGAUUGGGGGAAAUUCCUUUAUUGAUGCAAUUAAAUGCCAGUUUUGUGUGCUCCAUGCCCCUGUGUGUAAAGGGCUAGGGGAAUAGGCAUGGGGAAUAAGGCUGUUCAGGUGGCCUAGGUGAGGAAGAGGGCAGCUAACCUGCCUAUGUAAGUAAUGCUGUCUUUCUCUCCUGCUCUUUUUCCUCCACCAGGCAGGCCAGGGUCCGCUCUAUCAGCUCUAUUUUAUAUGGUGAAAUGGAUGACUGGGAGAACAAUGACUUCAUCCAGAGGCUGGAUUUUUCCAGCUGUGGAGAAGAGGGUGAAGACAGAAGCAUUAAUGAGGAGGACACACUGAGUUCCAGCCCAAUCAAGCACUGUGACUUCCAGAAGUGGAACAGCCCUCUCCCUGCAACUCCUCACAGGAAGCUCAGUGAGAUUUUCCUGAGCAGGACCAAAUCGUGGGUGAGCCCUACCCUGAAGUCCUCCCCAGGUGUGAGCAGGACCCAUGGCAAUGCAGAGACACCACUGCACAUCACUUGGAAGAAGCUGCAGCUCUGUGACACCCCCCACACUCCCAAGAGCCUGUUAUCAAAGACAGCUUUUCCUUCACCUGGGGCAAAGGUCCCACCCAAAGGCUUCAGACAUCUGAGAUUUACUCCUGGUGCUGACUUGGACGACUCUACCCAAGCUUCUCUUGUCAACAUCAAUCCCUUUACACCAGAGUCAUACCGACAAAUGCUCUUUCUUCCUAAUGGCAAGAGGAAAGCCAGAGAGAUAAGGAAUCCUGAUCUAAGAGGCCAGGUAAAACAGGAGCUACUUACCAAGAGAUGUCCUCUGAAAGACAGCAAUAUGGUUUCCCGCUACCAGAAGGAAUUCCUGGAACUAGAGAGGAUUGGUGUAGGGGAAUUUGGUUCUGUCUACAAGUGUAUCAAGCGCCUUGAUGGAUGUGUUUAUGCCAUCAAACGCUCCAAGAGGCCUCUGGCAGGAUCCUCAGAUGAGCAGCUGGCAUUGCGUGAGGUUUAUGCUCAUGCAGUCCUUGGACACCACCCCCAUGUUGUGCGCUACUACUCAGCAUGGGCAGAAGAUGAUCACAUGAUUAUACAAAAUGAACAUUGUAAUGGUGGGAGUCUCCAAGAUGUGCUUCUGGAAAAUGCAAAGCGUGGCCAGUAUUUUCCUGAAGCAAAGCUGAAAGAAAUCUUGUUACAAGUCUCCAUGGGACUAAAAUACAUCCACAACUCUGGCCUUGUGCACUUGGAUAUUAAACCUAGUAAUAUCUUCAUCUGUCACAAGCUGGUAGUUGAGGGCCAAGCUGGACAGGAAGAGAGUGACAGUGAUGAUGAGUUCUCUUCUGGUGUGAUGUAUAAGAUUGGUGACCUUGGCCACGUGACAUCAAUAGCAAACCCUCAAGUGGAGGAAGGAGACAGACGGUUUUUAGCCAAUGAGAUUUUGCAGGAGCAAUACUUCCAUUUGCCAAAGGCAGACAUCUUUGCCCUGGCGCUCACAAUAGCUCUGGCAGCAGGUGCGGGACCACUGCCUCACAAUGGGGCCAUGUGGCACCACAUCCGCAAAGGCAAUAUCCCAUCAAUCCCUCAGAAGCUUCCCAAUGGCUUUAUUGAACUCCUCAAGCUCAUGAUCCAUCCUGAUCCAAUGGAAAGACCCUCUGCCACAGCUCUUACGAAGCACCCAAUCCUCCGUCCUUCACUUGGAAAAGCUGUGCAGCUCCAGAAGCAGCUAAAUGUGGAGAAGUGUAAGACUGCCAUGCUGGAAAGGGAACUAAAAGCAGCUCGCCUUGCCCAGACCCUCAUGAAGGACCAGCCCUUAGGAAAUGCCAACUUACAGGAGUCUGAGACCUCUCCAAAGAAGAACAACAAGCGCCUGGUGGGAGGGAAGAAUUGUCGCUCAUUUAGCUUUACUGUGGGUUACUGAACUUCUGUUGUUUGAAAGGCUCUCGCUGCUGAAUGACACUGAGAACACAGGCUCUGCACAGACCAAUGCCCCAUGCUAGCUCUCCUUGUGAUUUGUUUUGUUCCCUCAUUAACUAUGGUGAGAUACUGGCUGAGGAAAGGGAAGAAUGAUGAGCUCUCAAGUGUAAGAUGUGACUUAAGAAUAUUUUCCUCAGCAUUGAUGUUUUCUUGUGUAACUGGUCUUGUUCUAGACUAAGAAUAGUUCUGCCACAGAAGGAAAAGGAUGGCAUUUCCUCUACUUCCCUUUGUUUAGAUGGAUGCUGAUCUUUAUGUUCUUACCACUGACCUCCUGUAUGUCUUUAGAAGGAAGACAGCAUGUCCUGCUGGUCCCUAGCAGUGAGGCAGUUGAAACAAUGGUGUAGUGCUAACUAUGUUUGGAGGCAGACCUGUUACACAGCAGUCCUGGUGGACUUGGGAUGCAUUUGGAUUUCAUUGAGGAAGCAAAAAGUAAACUGCUUUUAGUUAAGGGGGCCUCACUGAUUGAGCUGAAAGCUUUCCCUCCCUUAUCUUUGAGCAACGAGCACAAUCACAGGGCUGAAGUGGCUGAGCUUUUGCAGGCCAGACCCUGAAGCCUGGCUUGUGCUGAUAGGAAAGGACUUGGCAUCAGGUGGGGGUCAUACCUUCAGUAUUCAGUAUAUACCUUCAGUAGGUGGCUCUGUGUGCCUGUGGGGAAAUGGAAACUUUGGGGAUCUUGCUCAUGGAGCAACUUCACCUGCAUGAAAUACCAGCUUUUAAGCAAUGAUGAGGGAAGUUAGAAAACACUUAAGCUUUGGUAGGUUUCUUCUGUGGAGUUGCCUAUUUAAAUGAGUAUUUUUAAGACCGUCUCAUCCCCCUGCUGAAUGUUAUGUUCUAGAUACUUGCUGUGUGUCUAGCAGAAAGCCAGGUACGAAUGGUGGACUGCUAUGUGGGAGAGCACAAUGCUGCAGCCUUGGUUACUGCGAGCUUUUACUCAGAGUUUGUGCUCAAGUGUCUGAGAGUGCUGUUUUUAUACUAUUAAAUCUUAUCCCUUUAAAAGCGAUAGGUGCCAAUAAAGAUUUUAACACUU